CGAAAAUAGUACGUUUUUCUGGCAAAUGUAGCGGUCACACUGGCACAACUGUCACCCUCUCUCUCUUUCGCCAUUUGACAGAUUUCCGUUAACUAUGGCUGACACACAAGCUAAGCCCGCCGCCGCUGCGCCCAAAGCUGCAAAGGCAGCCAAAGCACCAAAGGCUGCUAAGGCACCCAAGGUAGAGAAGGCUGCUGCUGCCGAGACUAAGGUGGCUGCCAAGAAAUACAAGCGUCACGGUCGUCUGUUUGCCAAGGCUGUCUUCACCGGCUACAAGCGCGGAUUGAGGAACCAGCAUGAGAACCAUGCUAUCCUCAAGAUUGAGGGUGCCCGUCGCAAGGAGCACGGUGACUUCUACGUUGGCAAGCGUUGCGUUUAUGUCUACAAGGCUCAAACCAAGAAGUGCGUGCCACAGCAUCCUGACCGCAAGACUCGCGUCCGCGCUGUCUGGGGCAAGGUUACCCGCAUCCACGGCAACACUGGCUCCGUGCGUGCCCGUUUCAACAGGAAUUUGCCCGGUCAUGCCAUGGGACACCGUGUUCGCAUUAUGCUGUACCCAUCAAGGAUCUAAGUUAAUGAUUAACUUAAUUAUUUGACCUGCAAAUAUCCGUUUUAUAAUAAAUGAAACAAUUUAAAUUUAA